GCCGAUGCGGGAGAUCGAAUUUCUUCUUGUUCGUCAUCAAUCUACUGGCAAUUCCGUGCUUGUGUCUGAACACAGAAAGUCGGUAUCGGCCAAGUGUCGGCGCCAAGGGAAACGGACUCCUUUUUAGAACGAGGAUUAUCCUGUAUACCGGAGAUCGCCGGAGUCCGUUUCUUUUUUUUUCGAUCUCGCGCGUUAAUACUUUUUUAAAGGAAAAAAUUCGCCCCGGUCGGAUGCGUGUCUCUUCCAAGUUCGCAGCCUCGACGAGCAACGGGAUUUUAGAUUAGUGUAUAUUUUAAUUUCAUCCGAUUUUAUCCGAGACUGCCAAAACUACCCUCGAAUUCGAGAAUACUCGAGGAUAUUUUCUGCGGGGAAAUCGUCGACUGCGUUUUCCCGGUGAGAGACCAGCAACCUCAUCCUCGAGCGUCUGUACGAUGGCCGAAUCCAGUGACUUGGAUCGGCAAAUCGAGCAGCUGAAGAAAUGUGAGAUUAUCAAGGAGGCGGAGGUCAAAGCUUUGUGCGCCAAAGCAAGAGAGAUACUCAUCGAGGAGAGUAAUGUGCAGCGUGUCGACUCACCUGUAACAGUUUGUGGAGAUAUUCACGGACAGUUUUAUGAUUUAAAAGAAUUAUUCAAAGUAGGCGGAGAUGUGCCAGAAACAAAUUAUCUUUUUAUGGGAGAUUUUGUGGACCGAGUUUAUAGUGUUGAAACUUUUCUUCUCCUUCUUGCAUUAAAGGUUCGUUAUCCUGAUAGAAUCACAUUGAUAAGAGGAAAUCAUGAAUCACGACAGAUAACACAGGUUUAUGGCUUUUAUGACGAGUGCUUACGCAAGUAUGGCAGUAUAACAGUAUGGCGAUAUUGUACAGAGAUAUUUGACUAUCUAUCAUUAUCCGCUAUCAUUGAUGGCAAGAUCUUCUGCGUUCAUGGUGGACUUUCACCUAGUAUUCAAACUUUGGAUCAAAUUCGGACUAUAGAUAGAAAACAAGAAGUUCCUCAUGAUGGACCAAUGUGUGAUUUGUUAUGGUCGGAUCCCGAGGAUACUCAAGGCUGGGGUGUGUCACCGCGUGGAGCUGGUUACCUCUUCGGCAGUGACGUCGUAGCGCAGUUCAAUUCGGCCAAUGACAUUGAUAUGAUAUGCAGAGCCCAUCAGUUAGUGAUGGAAGGCUAUAAGUGGCACUUUAAUGAGACUGUACUGACCGUCUGGUCUGCACCAAAUUACUGUUACAGAUGUGGUAAUGUAGCCGCAAUAUUAGAGUUAAACGAGCAUCUACAGAGAGAUUUCACGAUAUUCGAGGCGGCACCCCAAGAAAGUCGCGGAAUACCCAGCAAAAAGCCACAAGCGGAUUACUUUUUAUAAAUAAGUUUUUUGUAGGGUAAAAAAAACAGUAAAAUCGUGCAUCGAAUUGACUUGAUAUUUGCUUCUUCUUUUUUCUCUUUUUCUUUUAUCAAAACAAUUUGCAUCAAUCAUGAAGAAGAACAUUAAGUGGCUUGCUAUAUUUUUUUAUGGUGACACGAUUUUUGUGAUUAUGUUAAAUGAUAAUCGCAUAAGUAUUCGAAUAGAAUUACGACGAUAUAUACAUAAGGAACUGAUGUAAAAUAUAAUAAAGUUCGUCUCUCUCUCGAUUUUCUAAA